UCCAGUCCGGCCCACAGGCUCCAGACAUCAACAAGAAACGCCGUUGUAACGCUUUUAAAAACACAAACUUUCCGGAAUAUUUUGUUUUGAACAACUUUACAAAGAUGUUUGGCUUUCACAAGCCGAAAAUGUACAGGAGUUUGGACGGCUGCUGCAUCUGCCGCGCAAAGUCCUCCAGCUCCCGCUUCACAGACAGCAAGCGCUACGAGAAAGACUUCAGGAGCUGUUUCGGAUUGAGCGAAACGCGAUCCGGAGAGAUCUGCAACGCCUGCGUGCUCCUGGUGAAGCGAUGGAAAAAGCUCCCGGUGGGAACUAAGAAGAACUGGAAUCACGUGGUUGACGCCCGAGGUGGUCCCAGCCUGAAGUUGACCUCGCGGCCAAAGAAGAUCAAGUCCAUUACCAAGAAAGCCCGUCCUAGCCAGAUCAACAGGCUGCAGAAAGAGUUCAAAAGAAACAAUUCGGACGCUCACAGCACCACAUCCAGCGCUUCCCCGGCUCAGUCUCCCAGCUACAGCAACUUGUCGGACGACGGUUCGGACAGCGAGCUCAGCCAAGGGUCUGGCCGCUCGCCCGUCUUCUCCUUCUUAGACCUCACGUACUGGAAGAGGCAAAAAGUAUGUUGCGGAAUCAUCUACAAAGGUCGUUUCGGAGAAGUACUCAUCGACCCCCACCUGUUCAAACCGUGCUGUCGCAAGAAGCAGCAGCAGCAACAACAACAACGCCUCGACGAGGAGGAAGAGGACGACGAAGAAGAAGAGGAGGAUGACGACGACGUCGAGGAGGAAGAAGCGGAACCGGAGGCGACCCGGGCGGCUCCCCCGCCCGAAGCGGAGCAGCAGGCGGAGGAGACGACGGCACAGCUACGCGUCACCGUGGUGACGACGACAGAAGGGAGCUGGUAAAGCCGCGACGUCUUCCUCGCGCGUCCUCCGCCAGCACUUGAAGGCGCGUCACGCCGCCACCCUUUGGGUGGUUUUAAGCAGCUGAAAAUCCUUUGGUCUUCUCCGUCACAAUGCUGGAGAUUUGUUCGUCGUUAGGUCAGUGGUUCCCAACUUUGAUUAAGCCCGGGCAUACUCACUAGUUUGCAAAAAAAUAAAACUAGUGGAAGAGCAUUUAUUUACCUCAUUGGCUGCCAUUGACGGCAAUAGACAGUCAAUGAGUUACUGUGACUCAUAAUAGUUAUAUUUCACUGCCUUAGAUAGAUAAACAAAAAUUGAAUUUUAAUUUUUCGGAGUAAAAGAAUUUUAAAAUACGGAAUUUUCAAAUUAUUUUUUAAAUGGCUUGAUGAGUUUUUGACUUUUUGUGAAUUUAAUCUUUAUAAUUUUUUUUUUUACUUGGUUUUUAUUCAGUUUUUCAUGAACAUAACACAUACACAGUAUGUCUUUAUUUAAUUUUUUAAAUUCACUUUUAAUUACUGAAAUGAACCCUUUGACACGUGAAUUUACAUUAAACAAAUUUAAGUCAAACAUUGGAAGAUACAGAGCCCCUAAAGGCACAUCGACAGAAAUAAAAUAGAUUUAAGUAAUUUGGUGCGCGUCAGAAGGUAUCUGGUAAACAAUAGCAUUUAAGCUACGGUGACCAAACGUCCUCUUUUGCCCGGACAUGUCUACUUUUUACAUCCUGUCUGAGGUGUCCGGCGGGGUUUUAUAAAAUCAUGAAAUUGUCCAGUUUUCAUUAUUUUUCACAGGACCAAUUAGCGUGUGUUGAAAUUGACUGACGCUUUGCACUGAAUACUACGGUACUGCUACGGUGUUGCCUGCCAAGUGGUUGGUUCUGUAAUACUCAGUAACAGAGAAUAAACACGUCUGAGCAGUGUUCUUUCAUCCACCAAAGUGCUAAAACACAAAAAAAUCUAAACACUAAAGUGAUGUUUUAUUUAUUUAUUUUUGUUAAAUUAAUAUUUUUGUGAGGCUACGGUUUGAUGUACAUUAUUUCACUGGAAACAGAAACAAGCUUUUUUUUUUUUCCCCAGAUUAUUUAUUUAUACUGUAAGAAAUGAAAAGACAGCUAUUAUUUUGUUCAAAGAUGAAGUGCUUAUACAGAAGAGCCUUUUUUUUUAAAUCAUUAUUUCAUUCCAGUUUUUUAUGUUACUAUCGUUCUAUUAUUUUAGGAAUGGUAAAACCUGUUGUGUAACUUCUGAGAAUUUGAAUUUCUGUCUUUGGUUAUAUUGCUAUUAUUUUGUUAUGAAACUGAAUUUUCUAUCCAGACGAAGGAGGCACACUUUAAAUAUAUUAAUACAGGAUCAUUUUAAUGAAGUUUAAGUAAGAUUUAGGUAUCUUGAGGCUGGGCCGAGUGCCUUCUAUUUUGGAAAUCAAAAUAUGGUAACCCUAAUUUAAGUCAGUGGAAUUUUGCUAUGCAAGUUAGCCAGUUGCAACAACGCAACAAUAGCGUACCGCACAAUUGCUAUUUUUAGACCGUGACCGUCGCAUCGUAAAGCGGAAGUGGGACGUUAUAGGCCCGCCCUCGCAUAGAAGCCAUUAUAUUUCUGCUACUUUUCUCCGGUAAUCUUUCAAAAAUGAACAUGCCGAUCAAACAUGGGUUUUGUGGAACUUUAGACAUUACGACAUAUGAGGGAUGUUUUCUUCAUACGUUUCCCGAAACCAAAAACUCGAAGGACAAAAUUUGAAGAAUGAAUCGACUUGCACGGACGUUUAUGGCUAUUCUAGGUGAAGCCAUUAACAUUUCAUAUGCAGUAAACAUUUUGUUGGGUUGGCGUGCUCCUUCAGAGGACAAAGAGGUAAGCCAUUUUGAUAUUUUUAACUUUUUAGCGUGGCGUUGUGCCGUGCUGCUUCUGUCUGACAAUGAAUGACCUGAAAAUAAUUAAAAUGGUAUCUGACUGCUACUGUUAUCUUUUCUGUUGUUUAAAAAAAAACUUUAGUAAUGGGGGAAGUGUAAAUAAAUCAUAGAAUUAAGAUUUGUUAUUAAUGACAAAAUUAAGUGUUCAUUGGUUCUCAACGAGUAGCAUUUGCGAUUGCUACACAAAAAUAGCAAUGUAAAUUGCCCAAAAGAACGGUCAGCGAUGUAAGACAACCAGAGGAUAUAAUAUAUAAGAAAGACAGGGCAUGUCGUGGUUAAGGAUAGAUUGUUGAAACAGGAGAAUGUCAUUGUCAGUCGCGUAAGAAAAGGUGUUGAUAAAUUUCCUAUUGGGGACAAACGGUAGCAUGUCCCUCCCCUUGGCAACAUUAGCUAACCUCGUGAAUAUUAAUGAGCGGAAGUGACGUGUAGCGUGCAGUACGCCAUUGGCUAACUAGCAUAUCAAAAUUCAACGGCCUUAAAUGCUAUAUAAUGCUAAUGUUUACAACAAUUGGCUAACUUGGAUUGCUAAAGUCUGCUAGCUGAAAUGCUAUAGAAUUCAAAAAGUCCGCUGGCUUAUAUGCUAUAUAUUGCUAUUGUUUACAACAAUGGCAUACCGCAAGCAACAUCACUUUUGCUCAUUAAUAUUCAUGACGUUAGCAAUUGUGGCUAGGCAGGUCAACCUCCCGUUUGUCCCCAAUAGAAAAUGAAUGGAAAUAGUAUACGAACGAGAUGUUUACUGAGCUAAACCUACCAAUUCUUUCCGAAAAUGAUGUUCCUGGUGCCAAAUUCACUGGUAAAGAUGUGGAAGAACGUACAAAUAUUCAGUUAAAGAGAUGGCUUGAGUGUCGAGGGCUGAAAAAGACGGGAAAAAGAGCAGAGCCGACCUAAGCUUAGCCUUAGCUUUUUUAUCGACACCUUUUUCUUGCGUCACUGACAAUGACAUUAUCCUGUUUCAACAAACUACUGUAUCUUUUACCACCAUAUGCCCUGUCUUUCUCAUAUAUUAUAUCCUCUGGUUGUCUUAAGUCACUGACUGUUCUUGGUGGCAAUUUACAUUGCUAUUUUUUGUGUUGCGAUCGCAAAUGCUACUCGGUGACAGCCAACAAACUCUUUUAAUUUUUUCAUUCAUAACACAUCUUAAUUCUAUAAUUUAUUUACACUUCCCCCUACUAAAGUUGUUUUUUUACAACAGAAAAGAUAACAGUGGCAGUCAGAUACCAUUUUAAUUCUUUUCAGGUCAUUCAUUGUCAGACAGAGACAGCACGGCAAAACGCCACGCUAAAAAACAAGUAAAAAAUAUCAAAAUGGCUUACCUCUUUGUCCUCUUAAGGACCAUGCCAACCCGACAAAAUUUUUACUGCAUAUGAAAUGUGAAUGGCUUCACCUUGCUGUCGUUAAACUGGUCUUUGGGACGUCCGCGCAAGUUGAUCCAUUAGUCACAUUUUUCGGUUUCGGUAAACAUAUGAAGAAAACAUCCUUCAUAUGUUGUAAUGUCUAGAGUCAUUUCUACAAGUUUCAUAUCAGCAGUGUUUGAUCGGCAAGUUUUUUUUUUUUUUAAAGAUUACCGGAGAAAACAAGCAGAAAUAUAAUGGAUUGUACGCGAGGGCGUGUGUAUUAUGUCCCACUUCCGCGUAAAAAUAAAAAAUAAGCAUUCCUGCAGUAUGCUAUUGACUAACUUACAUAGCAGAAGUCUGCUAGCUUAAAUGCUAUAUAAAGGUAAUGUUAACAAAAUUGCCUAACUUACAUAGCAGAAGUCCGCUAGCUUAAAGGCUAUUUAAAGGUAAUGUUUACAACAAUUGGUUAACUUACAUAGCAAAAACCCGCUAGCUUAAAUGCUAUAUCAUGCUAAUGUUUACCAGAUAGUUUCUGGUGCGCUGUAGAAAACACACAUUUAUUUUAUUUCUGUCGAUGUCCCUUUAGGGGCUCUGUAGUAGGAAUACAUAAAAAUUAGGGCUGUCAAACGAUUAAAAUCCUUAAUCGAGUUAAUUACAGCUUUAAAAUUAAUUAAUCGUAAUUAUUCAAACCAUCUGUAAAAUAUGCCAUAUUUUUCCGUAAAUUAUUGUUGGAAUGGAAAGAUAACACAAGACAGAUAUAUACAUUCAACAUAUGGUACAUAAGUACAUAAAGACUUGUAGUUCUUAAAAGAUAAAUGUUCAUACAAGUUAUAGAAAUUCUAUAAUAAAACCCCUCUUAAUGUUUUCGUUUUAUUAAAGUUUGUAAAAUUUUCAAUCAAAAAAUAAACGAGUAGCUCGCCAUUGUUGAUGUCAAUAAUCACACCAUGCUCCCUCAUGGUACUAACCCAUAAAAUCAGUUGGACCCAAACGCCAGCAGAGGGCGCCAAACACCAAAAAACAAGUAACAAGCGGACAUUGCAGUGUACUGUCAUUUUAGUCUGUUUGAGCGGGGGCAUGUGCGUUAAUUGCGUCAAAUAUUUUAACGUGAUUAAUUUAAAAAAUGAAUUACCGCCCGUUAACGCGAUAAUUUUGGCAGCCUUGAUAUAAAUGUAAAAAUAGUUCGAAUGCAAAAAAAAAAAAAAAAAAGCUUCAAAAAUUUAAAUGGGGGAAAAAAUACAGCUAAAAAUGAGAAAAUCUAAAAAUUAAAAAAUGAAUAGUGGAUUACUUAAGUACAUAAAAAUAGUAUGAAUACAAAAAGGUACAAUACUACAAAUGAGAAAAUACUAAUAUAAAAAAAAAAUCGAAGAAAUACAAGUAAUGCCAUUUUUUUGGGACACCUUUUUUUAAACUAUCUUUUGGGAAUCAAAAGUCCCGCGAUAUAUUGUCACUUACAGCCAAAUUAGAAUUUUGUUUCUAAAUUUUGCCACGACUCUCAGGUUGGGAACCACUGCAUUAGCCAGUUUACUGUAUGGACUCAUCUUCCACUUUACCUAUUUAAUAUUCUCACCUUCCUGACAUAUGGACCAUUAUUUCUAGUGUUACUGUCUUUUGAUACAUGCUGGACUUUUCAUUUGCAGCUACAUUAUGAUUCCACAACGCAAUAUAGUAGAUCACCCUUUCUUCCGCGAGGUGCUAUUUUAAGUCCCUCACUUGAUAUUUUGUGCGUAAACCUCGAAAUGAUGGAUAAGAGAAGGCUUUUUUUCCUGGAGAAAAAAAAAAUCGAGACCUUGCCAAAAAAAACAAACAAAAAAAAAAAACUGUCCAUUUUUAUUUUUCACGUUCUCCCGUCGUAGAUUUUGUGGCGUCGGAUUACAGGCCUAUUCACAGCUUCAACAGCAAAUGCACUAGCCUUACUCACUCGCGCGCCACGUUUAGCGUUCAUUCCAGUUUCGGGGAACAAGACGGAAGGAGAGGGGAAAAAAAGGUACAGUCGUGAUGAUCUAUUGUGGCCUCAACAACACGUAGUGCAUUUUUUUUUUAAUUUUAUUUUUUGCAUGACCGGCAAAGGCCACUCAUCCAAAAGACCCCCACGAUCUGAAGCAUGAGUCGACUCCAUUGCAUGGCCUUAUAUAAAGUGUAAAUCCGAUUUUUUUUUCCUUUUAACUUUUUAGGGGGUCUAUUCCUCCGAUGAGCUUAUUUUUGUAUUUAAACUGGAAAAAAAAAAUAGAA